UAUUAUUGGAUUUUCCACUUCCCUUAUUGAUUGCAAAACUAUAGUUUAAAAUCACAAGUAGGAAACUGGCAUGAUUAUACUCAAGAUAUGGAACAUUUGUAUGAAUCUGUCCCCUGGUAUCCAAUGUGUAUUUGUCUUUUAUGUUGCUUUUUGGGGGCAGAUGGCUAGAGUAAUGAUGCAGCUAUCUUCUGCCUUAUGCUCAAAGCUUUGUAUUAGCAGAAUGGCUUAAGCUUAUUUUUCUGGCUCUGAAAAUGAAUAUUUAGCAAAGAAGCACAAGAAUGGCAGUUGGGUAAGUAACAGCCACAGCAUGAUAUCUACUAUAGGUCCUAGAGUUAGUUUCCUUGUGGUCCAGGUUAUUUUCCUGUUCACCUGUCUACUCACCAGACAGUACUGGUUUCCACAGACACAUAGUUGUACCAGUUGUCAGCCUUGCAAGUGUUUGGCCCUUUGUGGAGGAGCCUGUCCUUUUGUUACCAAGCCAUUGAACCAUUGAUCCAGUGCCCACCUUGGGUGAACUCCCGAAGGUGUGCUUUCUCAGUCUCCACCUUAUGCCUAUUUAUGAACUACUCUCAGGUAGCACUGCUUAACUUGCUGCCAAAAUGAUCCUUACACCCUUCCUGUAACUCUCAUUCCCUGUGGCUUUCCAGCCAGAAAUGCGGUCUUUGGACCUGACUUCUCAGCAAUUAGCCAUGAGAGGGAAGAAUCACCUGGCUCCUCGGAAUACAUUGAGAGCGCACAGAGCUUCCCCACACCUUCACAUUUUCACCUUGCUGCCCAGGCGCUUGCUUCAGUAGCCUUUCCAGCCCACUAUGGCCACUGCCAAUAGCAGUGCGGGCAUCCGGUGGUCCAGACAGGAGACACGAACUCUUCUCUCCAUACUAGGCGAGGCAGAGUAUAUUCAACGCCUCCAGACCGUGCAUCACAAUGCAGAUGUCUAUCAGGCUGUAUCUAAGCGAAUGCAACAAGAAGGCUUCCGCCGCACUGAACGUCAGUGCCGCUCCAAAUUUAAAGUUCUGAAGGCACUGUAUUUAAAGGCUUAUGUUGCUCAUGCCACAAGUAUGGGUGACCCACCACACUGUCCGUUUUAUGAUACGCUGGAUCAGCUUCUUCGAAAUCAAAUAGUGACUGACCCAGACAACUUAAUGGAGGCUGCUGCUUGGACCAAGCAAUGUGAUCAGAACUUAGUGGCCUCUGGCACACCAGAGGAAGAGGAAACUAGCAUUCUGAAAGCGAAAAGGACACAGGCUGCUGAUGAUCAGCCUAUCUUGAAAACAGUUAAGGAGUCAGAUGAGGAUUGUCAGCUGAAAAUCAGUGACCGGAUUCGAGAAACCAGUGACCUCGAGGACUCCUGGGAUGAAUCCUCAGGUGCAGGGUGCUCUCAAGGGACCCCCAGCUACAGCCGCUUCCACAACCUUUUCAGAGGUGCAGUUGCUCCCUGUCAGAGCAGCCCCAUGGCCAGACUGGGCAUGUCUGGUGAGACCAGUCCUUCCACCAGCACCAGCCAAAAUCCUUCUGGUGGAGCCUCCACACUGCAGCCCCCAGUGCUCUCUUCCAGACUCGGUUUUGUCUCUGGUGGUGAUAGGCCUAUGGCCAGUGAGCCCCCACCAAGGUGGGCAAGGCGAAGAAGGCGGUCAGUGGCCAGGACUAUUGCCGCUGAAUUGGCAGAAAACAGGAGAUUGGCAAGAGAACUUUCAAAGCGGGAGGAAGAAAAACUGGACAGGCUAAUUGCUAUUGGUGAGGAGGCCAGUGCCCAGCAAGACACUGCCAAUGAGCUGCGCAGGGAUGCUGUCAUGGCAGUCAGACGCUUGGCAACUGCAGUGGAAGAGGCAACUGGUGCUUUUCAGCUAGGGCUUGAAAAAUUGCUUCAGAGGCUGAUUUCAAAUACCAAAAGCUAAGAACUGAUUACAGAAGGAUGCAUUGCCUAAACUGGUAGAAGUCUACUUCCAGCAUUUGCCUUCUGGUACCCUAACUCUCUUCUGUGUCCUCAGAAGAGAGGAGAUGAGUCAUUAAUAUACAGAGUGUUAGGAGUUUGUGAGUUCCUUUUCCCAGGACCCUCCACUAAUUGAAAGAUCUUCCCAAAAUGUGAAGGGUGGCCUAAUAGACAGCAGAUGGAACCAAGUACAAGAGCCGCUUUGUCCUGGCUUACCGCUGAUAAGAAGCAGUCUCCUUUACCUCUCUUAUAAAAGUUUCUUCAUCUGUAAAAUGGGGGACAGAUAAUAACUAACUCUUGCCCUGCCUACCUCACAGGGUUGUUGUGAGGGUCAAACGGCAAAUGUGAAAGUUUAAAAGAACUAUACAUAUUUUAAGUUAUUAAUGCACAUGACCUUGGCUGAGACAAGGCUAGGUAGGGUGAGCACAUUAGUUCACAAGACAUAGAAGUUCAGUUGUAUACCAUGACCUCAUUCCUUGAAUUUUUGGGGUGUUGGGUGACCAGGGAUCAAACUCAGGACCUUGCGCUUGCAAGGCAGGUGGCAGAGCCACAGCUAAAUCCCCACCCCUACUUGAAUCUUUACUAGCUUAAUUUGACUGCUUCAUAGAGUUUCAGAUCUUAAUUUUUCAAAUCCCUCUGACUCAUUAGCCUACUAUAGGUACAACAUGUAUUGCACCUUUAUCUCAGUUGCACUGCCAUGACUCUGACAGGUCUAUUAGUAAGCACUCAUAAUAAUCAGAUGAGCAUUUUCUCCUUCAUUUUAUUUUACUAGUUCUUAUCUCCUGUCAAGUAUGUAAUUAAGAACUGACAGGUAACUACAAUUAGUAUGUUUGGUUCGUAUUGAUAACUUUUGAUAUGAAAUACUGGCUGUUUCAUAAGAUAGUAAAUGUAAGUAAAUUCUUUGCAUUUUAUAUUACUUGGGUCUCUUUUUAUGCUUCUGCUAUAUCUUCAAAUUGUUGCCGUUUGAAUGUUGUGGAAGCAAUUUGGAUUGUAUCAGUUUACAAUCUGCUUUUAAUUUCAUUCUUUUCUCUAGCUGGUAUUGGUUUUGGUUUUGAUGGUUGUUUUGGUCUAGUAUGUUAAAGAGGGCAAGCCUUAAAAAACUUUCCAAGGUCACUUUUCCUCAGAUGGUGUAUACCAAAAAAAAAGUUUGUCUAGGUAACAACAUAUGGAAGAAGAGAUGAACUUUGUUUUCCCUUUAGCUCUGAGAACACUGGAGGUUGGUAUAAAUGAAGACCACCUGUGAUAAACUUUUAAGCACAAACCUUCAGCAGAUAAUAUCCUCCACCUCAACACACAUUUUUUGGGAGAGAUGAAGCCACAUUUCCAGUUAACUUAUAUAUUACUGGCCAUCACUAAACUAACUUAAAGCUUUUAGUGGUUUUCUUAGUACUUUCAGAAAUCUUUGGGAUUUAAAAGGAAUAUUUUCAGGAAAUUCAAAUAGUGUUGGGGAUUUAAAACGUUUUCCUGCAGUCAAGACACUGGGGGAAUUACAGCAGGUGUGUUGGGAGGGGUUAUGUUUUAUGUAUCCCAGGCUGGAUGCCUACCUAAAUGCUGGAAAUACACAUAGGUGAAGAAGUGUCAGAACCACAGUGGGCCUACCACGAACACCACAGGUGGCAAGCAAGCCAGCCACCAGGGUGAAUGUAGGCUGGGCAUGUAGUGCAGUGGAGGUGGUGCACUGGGAUCGAUCUGGUUAAAAAAGACAAUGAAAUUUCAGUUGUAACAUUUUCAGUCACAGCAGCAUAUUAGUAUAUUUUGGAAAUUCUGGUAGCAGUUGUGUUUUAAGGGAGCCUUCUACAGUAUUAAUGUUGAUAUGCCUAUGAACUUUUAAACAUCAGGCCAGACAUAAAGACUCUUUGCUGUCAAGAAAUACAUGCCAAGGUAUUGAAAGACACAUAAACACAUUGUAAUUAUUUUAGGCCAUUACAUGGAAGGAUUUUUGUCAGUUUUAACUGGAAAUCACUAAUACAGAUUGAAUAGAUUUUCUGGGAAAACAGGCAAGUACUUGAGAAUUAGACCUGUACUGUGUAAAUCUAAUGGCAGGACAGUGCAUAGCAAGGAUUUAUUUAAAAUAUGAAAAGUGCUGAAGAGCAGAAGUAGAGUUUGGAGGUACUGUUGUGAAAAUCUAAUGGCUGAAGUGCUGCAGUGUAGGAAUAAAACUCAGAGAAAGGGUCCUAAUGAAAUAAACAAAAAUAAGCUAAGAAUAUCAAGGGGAGAAAGAUUGCAGUAGGAGGAGAGCAUGUGCUGGGAAGUAAGCAGAGUCCUACCUGAGCUCCCAAGUCCAGUCCCACCAACUGGACAGCCUCACAAACUUUUCACCGCUGCCUGGCUCAGGUUGCUCCCCUACAUGGGACCAAGUCAUUGUCCCACCUACCUCACAGGGGUGUUGUGAGGAACCAUAAGCAGAUGAAUGCAAAGCAUUGUUAGACACUGACGUGUAGGCACUGAAAUGUAACAGGAUUGGGGAAAGACCCUAUGUGUUGACUAUCAUAGGUGUACAGGAGGAAGAGAAAAUGGCAUUCUGGGAACACUGAUGCAAUGGUAGGAUUAAUGCUAUCUCCUGAAGACUGUGAUGUGAAUGCGGUGCUUGUGUGUAUCAGCCUCCCACUAUCUUUGUGUUUCUGUUCAGUAAUUUAAUCCUGCUAUGGACAAAUAAAAGUUUUUACUUCUAUGUAAUUGUGGGUUUGUCCACUACUUUCUGGUGAUAUCUGUGCUACUUUGUCACCUCCAUUCUCUGCUUUCUCCUUCCCUGGUUUUGAGUCUCCACUGUUGCCAUGUAUGGCCUUAAGAGCUGUGUGUGCUUUCUGUCCUCGAAAGAGAGAGUCCCUUUUUGAAUGGCAGUUGAGAAGUAGUUUUCCAUUUCUAAAGAGUUCUGUGAAUCCCAUAAAAUGUCUUAAAAGUUAACCCUUCUGAGUAGUAGACGACUCACACAAAACAAUAAAUUGUCCUGGUUACCUUAAAUUCUGUCCUAAAGAAAACAACCUGUAAUUGUCAUGUUUAAAAUACAGACACGCUUCCAUCUUUCUUUUCCUAAUCUUAAAAUACCUGAGAUGUAGUCUAGGGAGGAACAAGACAUUUAAGGGGGAAAAUGCUUAACUUCUGUAAUGAACACCUAGAUAUCAGCCUGUCUUGCCAUUAAUUAGCUGUGUUUUAAUUGCUAUUUUAGGUGAUGGAAGAGUAAAAAGAACCUGAAAGUGUUGCACAAUUCUAAGCCUAGUUCAUUUUGUCUUCCUUUUAUUUACAGAUUAAGAUCUUCAAGAUGUUCUGUAUCCCUUCCACAAUUAGCCACUUAAUUUUCAUCUGUCAUUAAACACUUAAAGCUGGUUUCUAUAUAGAGUAGCCACAGCUCUUUGGAAGCUUCUAGGAAGGAUACGAGUCCAUUUCAUCUAUAUUUCUAGGUAAUAUUAAGCCAAGGAUCAGAGGUUCUUAUCCCUUCAAGAGUAGAAAUACAAUGGUCAUUUACAGUCUUAGUGGGAGGCAGUGUGUUAAAGUAUAAAUAAGAGAAAAGUAUAAACAAAGUUGUAAAUAAUACCUGGCCCCUUAGUGUGAAUUGUUGCCCCUCUCAACUUAAUCUUUAAAAUAAUACCCACCAAACACCCCAUUUAGGUGUGGGUGAGGAUCAAAUAGGUGAAAUGUUCUGUAGUAUGUGUGAAUUGAUAUCACUGUCUUAAGCAGCACAGGGCCCAUUGCUUUAACUUUUUUCUUGUCAUAUUUUUUAGUACUUAGUAUGGGACAUUGUAGAUCUGUCUAUACUUUAUAUAGAUUCUGUAGUACUCUGCACUAUAUACAACGCUCAUACUUGUGCUCAAUCUUCUGCUUGUGGAUGCUGAUUCUGUUUAGAAAUCAAGAAACAGAGGUGGUAGUGAGGUCUGCCCUCCGUUUGCAGUCUUAACCUUUUGUCCUUUCCAUCUUAGUGGUUGGGUCUUCAGAGUCAUAAGGUGAAAGUGUGACAAAAUCAGUGAUACGAUGAAAAGUCACGUAUAGCAUGGUCAGAACAAAGUAUUUUCAAAUGUGAAGGUCAACACUUUAGGAGAAUCACUAUAAUGAUCAUAAAUAUUCAUUGAAUUUUAAUUUCUAUAAUAUUUGAAGACUGAGCAGUCUGAGAAUUUUGUUUAUAUUUUAAUAUCUGUUGACAAUGAAAAGUAUAGUCUUUAAACUUUA